GAAGAAUCAUUCCUUUCUACAGGUGCAGUUAAAAGAAGACUCGUCACACCGUUCUACAGGUUCAUUCGGUAGGGCGUCGAGUUUUAGUUCUUCGAAAUUAUAUUUCAAUCAGAGUGGGCCACAGUUUCAACAAUUACUUAACCAUACAUAGAUUUUUGGAUUAAUCGAAAAGUUCUGAUUUGAAAUUGACUAUCGAAAUUGGACACUUCACCAGCUUUGAAAACAAAUAGGGCUUCAUUUGUCGGGGCCGAUAUGUUUGUCAGCGGCUUGGUAUCGGUGUUUCUCUUCCUUCAUGCAACAGGUAUAGACUGCGCCUUCACAGUCACAACCAGCAAUGCAGAUGUGAGGGCUAAAGAGAAUGAAGGUGCUGAUCUUUACUGCACUCACUCCGCUGACUUUGGUGCAAAUGCCAGAGUUGAGUGGAAGUUUAAGGACAUGACGGGUUCUACAACCAAUGUCAUUUUUGAUGGGAAACCUACCACACCAUAUGCCGACCGUGUCACUAAGUUUGAUGGGAUGCUGCAAUUCAGUAAGGUGACACGGAAAGACAAUGGGGAGUAUUACUGCGCGGUAUCUGGUAGUCAGAAGUUUGGGGAGGUCAAAGUGAAGCUCACUGUUUUAGUGCCUCCAUCCAUGCCUAUGUGUAGGGUCCCAACCUCUGUGACAACAGGGCAUAGCGUGCUGCUUUCCUGCCAUGAUGCCCAGGGGUCACCUCCCCCUACCUACAAGUGGUACAAAGACAAUAACCCUCUCCCUGAGGACCCCAGCAAGUUCGCUGCCUUCAAGAACUACACCUACAAGAUCAACACUCUCAAUGGCAACCUGGAGUUUCCUUUCGCUUCUAAGAUGGAUACAGGAGACUACAGCUGUGAGGCUGCGAACGAUGCCGGCCCUGCUAAACGCUGUGAAGCUGUCAGAAUGGAAGUCCGUGACAUCAACACUGGAGGUAUUGUUGCCGGUGUGAUCGUGGCUCUCCUAGCCCUGGCCCUGCUGGGCUUUGGACUGUGGUACGCCCGCCGCAAAGGAUACCUGCCUAAAAAGAGUGCAAGCCAACCCAAACCCUCUGUGGUCUACCAGCCAACAUCUGAGUAUGGCGAUGAAGAGGAUGGGGAAUUCAAACAGAAGUCUUCUUUCGUGGUAUAGCCAGGGCAUGCAACACACAUCCAGGAUAUACUCAGGAGUCUACGGCAACAACAAUGAAUGGGGGUGCGUCCCAAUAACAUCUCCCUUUUCCCUGAAGUGUGCUCUUGUUCACUGCUUCCCACAAAUCUCAAAGCAUUGGAUUGGCGGCGGCAUGGGCUAGUGGGAGUUUACACAUUUAUUCCUUAUACCAGCCAUUUCCUUUCAAGUCAGUGAAUCAAAGUGCACACUUUGGGAGGAAGGGGAGAUAAUUGGGUAAAUGCUAAUACCACUGCCCCUUUUACCUGCGCUGUGUGGAUUGAUUUUAAUGUUAUCUUUUUUUAAUUCCAUCUGUUUAUAAAAACUAUUUCCAUUUUUAAUAUUUCUCUAACUGGCAGUCACCUACUGUAUGUCAGCAUUAUUUUGUGGCGGCUGUGUGUAGAACUUUUCUAUUUUCCCAAAAAUAUUUCAGUAACGCUGGUCAUUGAUAUUUUUGUAAUCCCAAUAGAACAUGCAUUUUAUGCCUUUGCGUCCCAAAUUGCACCCUAUUCCCUAUAUAGUGACUAGAAGGAAGGGGAAAGGGAAUACCUACUCUGUUGCACAACUGAAGGCAUUCAACCAAAAUGUCUUCUGCAUUUAAGCCAACCCCGCUGAAUCAGAGAGGUGUGGUGGGCUGCCUUAAUCAACAUCCAUGUCAUCUGUGCCCGGGGAGUAGUUGUUGGGGGUUAACUGCCUUGCUCAAGGGCAGAAGGGGAUUUGAACCAAUUACCUUUCGGUUUCUUGCGCAACACUGUUAACCGCUAUGCUUGCCCAAUAUAUAGAGCUCUAUGGGCCCUGGUCAAAAGAAGUGCACUCUAUAGGGAUUAGUGUAAUUUCAGCUACAACCUACAUUCCUCUUCAUAAGGGAUUCACCUUGUAAAGUCUUGAUUAUUCAACCUGACAAAAGCUUUGGAAAUACCACAGCUCCCUCUGUCCCAUCCCAAAUGGCACCCUAUUCCAUACUACUUUUGACCAAGGCUCUAGGGCAUUUAUGUAGGGAAUAGGGUGCAGUUUGAUAUGCAUACCUUGUGUGCUGUGAAUAUCCAUGCUGUUCAGUGAGUUGUAAUGUGAAAUGUUUUGUUUACGGUAGCUACAGGUAGUUUUAAAUGGCAUUGUGUUUUGAUCAACUCGCAUCAAGCUUUAAAACAAAUGAAAAUAAAAACUGAUAUUUACUACACAACAGACAUAAGAGCAUAAAAAAAACUAAAGAAUAACAAACUGAAUGACUAAAAAGCACCCCAAGGAAAUGCAUAUCUAAAAAGAUGUGUUAAGAUCUCUUUAAAUAAUGUCCACAGUUUCGGCAGGCUAUUCAAGAGUCUGGGGGCAUAGUAACUAAAGGCUGCCUUUCCAUGCCUCUUGGUCCUAGGCUUUGGGAUAGUUAAAAGGCCAGUGCCAGAGGAACCUACUGGGUACAUAACUUAAAAGCAUGUCUUACAUGUAUUGGGUGCACAAUUGUGGAUUGAUUUUAAAAACCAAUAGAAGAAUCUUAAAAUGAAUUCUAAAACUCACAGGCAGCCAGUGGAGGGACCAUAAAACCGGUGUGAUGUGUGUUCUCCGUCUGGUCUUGGUCAGGACCCGUGCUGCAGCAUACUGUAUGUUUUGCAGUUGACCAAUGGCUUUCUUGGGUAGACCAGACAGGCGAGCAUUACAGUUGUCAAGCAUGCUUGGAAUAAAAGCAUGGAAACGGACCCACCUUGGCAAUGUUUCUCAGGUGGUAAAAUGCUAUUUUGGUCACAUUCCUAAUGUUUGUAUUAGGCAAAUUGUAUUAUUUGUUGCUGGUCCCAGAUCGGUUUGUGCUGUCGUGUCAACUCUUUGUCACUCACUAUCAAACACUGAAAUAUGUUUGGCAUGACAAUUCCAUGAGAAGUUGUCAAGAGCAGUAACAGACUAGCAAGCAGGCUUGUUGAUGUGCAUUCUCCUUCUUUGCAAGUUAUCAAGUUUAGCAUCCCAAAGAUGGGAUAUUGUGCUCACAGCAACAACAUACAAGGUACAUGGGUGCAGUCAUACUUAAGAUAUUUAUUUUGCAAUUAGUCAGGAUUUAAUCAAGAUCUUUUUAUUGAGCAUUUUACAAUUUUGACAGAUUAAUGUAUUUGUUGUUUAUAAGGUAACACCUGAUUCUAAUAUUAAAUAAUAUUUGAAGAACA